AUGUGGAUGUGCCACAGGAUUCUAUGUUUCGUUCCAUCGAUCGCACGUGUACGUUUCAUUCGGUGGGAACAUACCGCUGUUAGCAGCAGAGGAAGAGGUCUUGGGAAUUUACAUGAAGAAGUGAACAGACGGUUCACACAGCGAAUCGUGAAAAGAUUACAUCGAUGGGAUGGAAUAAGUGAAAAUGAGUGGUUCAUGAUCUACCGCGAUAAUUAUGCCUCACGUUUUGUUUUACUAGUUACCCUGGCGGUACCCUUGAUUGGCUUUUUGACAUCCGAGAAUUGUGUGGCUAACGUGAAAAGGGGCCGACUAUGGAAUGCUGUCAAAGAUACUAACAUAGUUCAGCAGAUGGGUGUUCUUGUUGUACUGCCGAUAUUUUCGUUUUUGGUGGUCAUGUAUUUGGCAUGGCAUCUGAAUGCCAUAAGAAUUCAUCGUAUUUAUAUCAGUAAAAAAGACCAGAAAUUGUUUUUUGCCGUCAUCUCUCACUAUGGGAUAUUUACACGAAAGGUGCUUUUCACAAGGCACAACGUUCGAAUUCUGGGAAGUGCCGGACAUCAGCUAUGGUCACUUGUGAAAGGUUCGAUCAAAAUCAACAAACAUCGCUUUGUGCUUAAUGAUGAAGGCUUCCGAGACAUCCAACAUCGGCAUUUGAUGUUAGGGCGAAAUAUUAAACCGCCUCUGACUACCGAUAAGACAGUCACACUGAUCACUGCAGUUCAUGAUGCAAGGAGAAGCGAUAAUAUUUCAACACUUGAUCGAGUCAUGUUCUUUCCACGAAAAUGCUCACUUCAAUCAGCAAUGUGUAUCUAUUUAACAUGUCAACUAGUGCUCUGUCAAUAUAUCGAAGCGAAAAUGAAGGGUAAAGAUAAAAAAAGGUAUCUAUCUAUAAGCAGAUUGCAGUAUCAACAAGUUUUCAAUAGUGUUGAAUACCAUCAAAGUAGCUACAGAAAGGCACAAAUGAGUAAGAAGUUUGCCUUUGUUUUUUGUCUUCCAUUAUAA